UUUAAUUUUUUAUUUGCAAAUAUUUAGUAAGCCGAAUGUUGUGUGCCCGAGAAGGGGAGCGGAUGAUGUUUUAAUUUAAGUGAUUUGUCUUCAAAUUUUGUGGUAAAAGCUGGGAAUUCGGUGCAAUUGAAGGGCGGAAUCACGUCAUUAUAAAUCUUCCGAAAGUCCCAGAAGAGAGAGGGGGUCUUUGGUUCCAAGUCACCAUCAUCAUCACAAUCGUCCAUAACAUCUCAACCUCUGAUCCAUUUUCUCUCUUCUUUUCUGCUGUUCUUGUAGACACUGUAUCAGAAGCCCAACAAUUGUUGUUAUUAUUGUUAUUAUUCUGUAUGAUUUCUCUGUUAAAUUAAUUUUUAGAAAUAGUGUAGUGAAGUGAGCUGGAGAUUUUGUUGGAUUGCUGAGUUGCUACUAUAUGGUGGAUCGAGAAAUAUUGGCAGAAAAUUCAUCUCUCGGAGUUUUGGCCCAGGCAUGAUUCGUUUGAUGUCAGCUUUGUCUUGGAGAUAAACUGGAAGAGAAAAUGAGGAUGAGGAACAAAUACAGGAAACCAACCACUUUCCGUUGCAAUGCAGGAAGCAGAUGUUCAUUGUCUGUCAUGGUGUGGAGCCUUGUGGGAUUCCUUCUCAUGAUCCAUUUUUACUCCCUCAGUCGUCACAAAGAUGGGGCUGGAGGACAUAGCCAAUUGCAAAUGAGUCACCACCACCCACUACUCCGUGAACUUGAGCAGGUGGAAGAGGAGAAUAUCCAAAUUCCUCCACCAAAAGGAAAACGAUCUCCAAGGGCUGCAAAGCGGAGACCUAAGCGGCCUACCACCUUGAUUGAUGAAUUUCUUGACGAGUCUUCUCAAAUCAGACACUUGUUCUUUCCUGAUCAGAAAACUGCCAUAGAUCCAAUGCAGGAAGCAGGGAAUGAUAGCUUCUGCUACUAUCCAGGAAGGAUUUGGUUAGAUACUGAUGGAGAUCCUAUUCAAGCUCAUGGAGGUGGUAUUCUAUACGAUAAGAGAUCGAGGAUGUACUAUUGGUAUGGAGAGUAUAAAGAUGGGUCCACCUACCAUGCUCAUAAGAAAGCAGCAGCACGGGUUGACAUUAUUGGAGUUGGUUGUUAUUCUUCCAAGGACUUGUGGGCAUGGAAAUUUGAGGGCAUCGUGCUGGCUGCAGAAGAAACAGAUGAAGCCCAUGAUCUCCACAAAUCCAAUGUGCUUGAGAGGCCAAAAGUCAUUUACAAUGAUCGAACGGGAAAGUAUGUAAUGUGGAUGCAUGUUGAUGAUACCAACUACACCAAAGCUGCAGUUGGCGUUGCCAUAAGUGAUUCACCCACAGGUCCAUUUGAUUAUCUCUACAGUAAACGACCCCAUGGAUUUGACAGCAGGGACAUGACUCUCUUCAGGGAUGAAGAUGGUGUAGCAUAUCUCAUAUACUCCUCUGAGGACAACAGUGAACUUCACAUAGGACCACUUAACCAAGAUUAUCUCGAUGUGACACAUGUCAUGAGAAGGAUUCUUGUGGGACAGCACAGGGAAGCACCAGCUUUGUUCAAGCACCAGGGGACUUACUACAUGAUCACAUCAGGCUGCACGGGGUGGGCACCAAAUGAGGCACUAGCCCAUGCAGCUGAGUCAAUCAUGGGGCCAUGGGAAACAAUGGGAAACCCAUGCAUUGGAGGGAAUAAAAUUUUCCGGCUUACAACAUUUUUUGCUCAGAGUACAUUUGUGGUUCCUUUGCCAGGGAUCACAGGCUCGUUUAUAUUCAUGGCAGAUCGAUGGAAUCCAGCUGACUUGAGGGAUUCCAGGUAUGUAUGGUUGCCUCUAACAGUUGGGGGAGCGGCUGAUCACCCUCUUGAGUACAAUUUUGGGUUCCCAUUAUGGUCAAGAGUGUCAAUUUAUUGGCAUAGAAGGUGGAGACUUCCUUAUGGUUGGAGGGAACAGAAAUAAAGUAGGGGUUGUAUCAUAUAUAUGAAAAGGCUCUUUGGUUAAUUCUUUCACUGGUUGCUGCUGCUGUUGUGUCUCUGUAAUUCAAAACAUUCUCUUGGACGUCAGAGUACAGUAACUUGGGUUAGAAUGUUCAGUCUCAAAGUGCUCCCAGUGAACUCCCCAUAAUAUUAGUUUUGCGAAAGGGUGAAUUCUUUAGAAGUAUUACCCUUACAAUGAUUUUUUUUUGCUUUUAAUUAACCUUUCAAUUAAUCA